AGAAACAAAGAACUCACCGUUUGAGCACUCCGCUAGUGUGUGUUUAUAGUUCAGUGUUUUUAGUUAAGAUAUUGAAGAUGAGUUUGCAGGUGGAUCUGAUGUGCUGUAAAUCAGUAGGAACUGAUCUGACUUCUGUCUGUAACACUGCUGGAGAACAGCAGAUGCUCAAGACACCAUUGAAGAUGUGUUCAGUGAAGCUGCUGGACUGCAGGAACCUCAUGAAGAUUAAACGAGAACCCACCGCACAGGAACAACAUACUGAUGAAGAUGAAGAUGAUGAUGAAAUCACAGCACAGGAACAACACCCUGAUGAAGAUGAUGAUGAAACCACAGCACAGGAACAACACACUGAUGAUGAUGAUGAUGAUGAUGAUGAAACCACAGCACAUGAACAACAUAAGAGUGAUGAAGAUGAUGAUUUUAUUCCUUCAGAUACAAACAGUGGUCCAUCUGAUGGAGAAAUGGCUUCUACAUCAAAACAGAGUCUUUCUUGCAAAAUUUGUGAGAGGACAUUCACUUCGAAAGGACGUUUAGUGAGACAUGAGAGAAGACACAAAGAGCAGAAAGUCUUCAAAUGUAAGAGAUGUGAGAGCAGCUUUUCUACAUUAAAAGAGAGGAACUGUCAUUCAGAAGUGCACAAAGUAAAGCAGGAGUUUCCCUGUGAGCAGUGCGGGAAGGUUUUCUCAGCUGCCUCGACAUUAAAAAGUCACAUGAAGACACACAGUGAUGAAAAGCCUUUCAGCUGCAGUCAGUGUGACAAGUGUUUCAGAACUAAAGGACAUCUUAAUGAGCAUCAGAAAAUACACACGGGGGAGAAACCGUACAAGUGUCUUCACUGUGAGAAGAGAUUCAUCAACAAGAGUCAUAUGACAUCACAUGUCCGUUUGCACACCAAUGAGAGGCCAUAUCAGUGCAAAGAAUGUGACAAAACCUUUAAACAAUUAUUUUGUCUAAAGACACAUCAGCAAAUGCACUCUGGGGAGAAACCCUUUCAGUGCUCACACUGUGAUAGACGUUUCCUUAAGAAAUCUGAUCUGAAACGUCAUGAAAUUAGACAAUCUGGGGAGAAACCCUUUCAAUGCUCACACUGUGACAAGCGUUUCCAUCUUGAAUCUGACAUGAAAUAUCAUGAAAAAAGACACAAUGGAGAGAAACGUUACCUCUGCUCUGACUGUGGGAAGAGAUUUUAUGCACCGUCUGAUUUAAUAGUUCAUCAGAGAGUGCACACGGUAGAAAAGCUGUAUCACUGUAGCGUUUGUGGGAAGAGUUUCAAUCAAAAUGUUCUUUUACUAAAGCACAAGAGAACACAUAGUGGAGAAAGACCUUUCAAAUGCACUCAGUGUGACAAGACGUUUACCCGAUCAGAUUACCUGAAAACCCACCAGAGAGUGCAUACAGGAGAGAAACCUUACAGCUGCUCCAUCUGCAGGAAAUCAUUCGUUUCUUCAUCAAGUUUAAAAACUCAUCAGAAGACACAUGCUAGAGAUCAAACUACCCUGAAAUCAUCCUAGUGUUUUCAGGCAUCUCGGGCAACAUUAAACCACAAUUACAUUAUCAAAGGCAACUUUUGUCAUAAUCAUGCAGUCCUGAAGUUAACUCUCCAAAAACUGACCAGAAGCUCUAUAGCUUUAAUGUCUUCAUCUUUAAGACGUUACUGGAGAAAACAAAAAUAACCCAAACUGAGCUGGUGGAGUUAGUUCCUCUCUGUCUAUUCAGCAUGAACAUAAUGCCAAUUAAUUAGCAAUGUCUAAUGCCAGUCAUGUAUUCAGUAUAAAGUGAACCCUAACCUGAAAUGUCAUGUCUUCAGAAGUCUCUCAGAUCGUUAUAGUGCAUGUGUAUAUUAACAAACUCAAAAACGUAUUUUCUCUUUAAAGUGAUUGUAAUUAUGUUUCAUCCAUAAUGUGCAUGAAAGAGAAACAACCUUUUAAAUGUGAGAAAUUAGGACAGAUAUGGUCUGGAUGUAAUGUAUUCUUGCAUCUAUUUAAGGUUUAUAAGUAUGUAUGUGAAGCAUUAUCCUUUCUCUGUUUCAGCCAUGGUUAUACAAGUCUUUUUUUCUCCAGAAUGUCCUAGUGAAUGUUGAUGUUCAUUCACGUUUAGACCUGGUGUGUAAUCAUUAUGAAAUUAUGCUUUUUUUCAGCUGACAAAUUAAGAUUAAGAUUCAACUUUAUUGUCAUUGUGCAGAGUACCGGUACAGAGCAGUUGUUUUCACAUAUCCCAACUGAGCUGGGGUCAGAGCGCAGGGUCAGCCAUGAAACAGCGCCCCUGGAGCAGAUAGGGUCAAGGGCCCAACAGUGGUAUCUUGGCAGUGCUGGGGCUUGAACCCCCAACAUUUCGGUCAGUAACCCAGAGCCUUAACUGCUGAGCCACCACUGCCCAUAAAUAAUAAGUUAAGAAUAAUUAGCCAAAAGCUCAACUGACUCAGCUGAGAAUGUGAUGCUAAUGUUCACGUCACACUGGAGUCCGCUGGAUUAUUCGUUGGAGUUUGAUGUUGAUUUUUGAUUAACAACUGAUUGGUUAAAAGGAUGGAAGAGUCAUUCUCAUGUCCAUCAGGUAAAGCACAUAAGAGCUGUAUGUGAUAAAAGUUGUUCGUUUAUGCUAAGUUCUGUCAUUCUAAUGAUUGAGAAUAACAGUAUUCACAAUCUUAAUGGUGAUUCUAAAGUUAUAUUGCAGUAUUAAUGGAGUGAGUGGCUUCACUGGAGUGUUAGACUAUGGUUUUAAAUGAUCACUUAUCCACAAUAUUUUCAGUGAGUCCAAUGUAUUUCAUUAGGUGGGCAGAGGUAUUUCCAGUUGGCUAGCGGAAGUGCGAUUUGGUUGGUGAUUUGUGUGUAGCCGACCACUGCUUGCUUUCAUGUCAUGUGGUUAGAUUCUUGCUUUUUAAAUGUUGUAAGAUGUCUUGACAAUUUUACAGUCAAUAUAAUGCAGUUAAUGGAUAUCCUUAUAAUCAAGCGAGUUUUAUCAAAAAAAAAAAUGCUGUUAUGAUCAGAAUCCUCUCGCAAAUUGCUCCAGUCCCAGAUGUUGCUUUUUCCAUCUGCUGCCUAUAAAAAGAUUGACUGUUUAAAAAAGCUCUGAAUAAAUUGUGUGUGUGCUCUUUUCACAUUUUUGGCAAGAAGUCAACAGGGGGGAUUACUUGUAUAAUCCACCGUUAUGGUCCGGCUACGAUAGACAUCCAGAAACGGAGCGCAAUGAAUGAUAUAAAUGAUAGCAUUAAUGUGCUAACAGGUGUGUAAACAUGCGUUUAAGGUUCAUAAGACAUUUUGAGAGUUUGUUCAUUUCUAUUCAGCGUUGGCCUUUGUGAAUGCUUUACGUGCUUUAAAAUGGCAUAUAAAAGGAACCGUGUUUGACCUGAACUGUCUGUGAGUAGUGACAAUGUUUUCAACUGUUUUCAUGCUGUGAUGCUAAAUUGAUCAAUUCUACGGUGGAAGACCAUUAUUAGAUGAGACUUGUAUAGGAGAUUGAUGUUUUAUCACGUUUGAAAUGAACUGUAUUUUGAUUUUCCUCUUUCCUACUUUCUUUUGAGUGUCUUUGCAGGAUGUGCAGAUCUUCCUUAAAAAGUGUAUUGGAAUAAAAUGACACUCCACCUUUAGUCAAAUUCCACAAAUAUCUCUUCACAGUAAGUUAGCUGUCCGUUCUGUGAGUGCGCUGAAAAAACUCUUGUGUUUGUUCAUAGCCCUGUCUCUGUAAAUGAGAAAAUAAACUCUGUUGUGAUCACACAGCAUUUGCAAUGUGCUUGCAUGAAUUUGAGGUGCGGAGCUUCUGAAGGAGCACUGAAUGGAGGCGUGUGUUUGUUUGUCUGUAGGGUUCAAAUAUCAAGAGUCUUUCUCAGGAAUUGCUUACUCCACCUUUAACUUGAAAACCUGUUGAACCGUAACACAGGCAAUGUUAUUGGACAAGCCGAUUCCUCUGCAAUGCUUUCUAUUCUGUGUGUUUAUGUUAUAGUGGUCUUGUUUAUUACGACAUUAAGUGUUUAUCAUCUUUUAUUUAGAAUGGCCUAUUUGUUCAUAGGGAAUCAGAAAGGGUGUGGUAUGAGGGGUGUUGGCAAAGGUUGUUUGAAAACAUACUUUAUUUUUUUAAUUCCGUUUGGUGCCACUAGUAGCACAGAAAUUACACACUCCACCUUGUAAGGGAAAAGGUGAUUUGGGAAAUAGUGUGUUCAUUAAUUCAGAAUCAGUUACUUUUAUAUGUACAGUGCUUUUAAUAAAAUAUACUGUUUUUUUGUUUUAGUUACUUUACAGAGAACAUUGAACUUUAGUGUAAAAUGUUUAUAAUGUAUGUCCGAAUAAACGUUUAUUAGUAUGUAAUUCAUUUUGUAUGGUACAGUUUAUUGUGAGGCUGCUAAGACAUUAUUUCCUACACAAGAACAAUACAUUUAAUAU